AUCGUCCGUAUGUUGGUGUGUAAAUUGUGGGUUGACGUUUGGGCUGUUUGAGUUAAAAGUAAUAAUAAAAACAUGUCAAAAGUAAAGAAAGUUUUAGAUGAAGCCAAAGAAAUCCAAAAUCCUGAAUUGGAUUUGGUCGAGAAAGGCAUUUCCAGUUUUGAUGACAUGCCAGGCUUAAUGGAUAUGUUAAAUAUCACCAGACUCUCUCUAAGCCACAACAAGAUAUCAGUUGUUCCUGCCUCAAUUGCAAACCUCUCAAACUUGGAAAUACUUAAUUUCUCCAAUAACCACAUUGAAGAACUGCCAUUAUCAUUAUCAUCCAUGCCCAAAUUACGAAUAUUGAAUGUAUCUAUUAAUCGCCUGAGUACACUGCCACGAGGAUUUGGAGCAUUUCCAGUGUUGGAAGUUUUAGAUUUAACAUAUAAUAAUCUAAAAGAGGACACAUUGCCUGGAAACUUUUUUAUGAUGGAAACAUUGAGGGCUCUCUAUCUGGGCGAUAACGACUUUGUGCAUUUUCCCAAAGAAGUGGGACAAUUGAAAAAUUUACAAAUACUUGGUUUGCGAGAGAACGACCUUGUUGACAUUCCUAAAGAAAUUGGUGAAUUAUCGCGACUACGAGAACUUCAUUUGCAAGCCAAUAGAUUGACCGUACUGCCACCUGAAAUUGGUAAUUUGGAUAUGUUGAGCAAUAAAGCCAUACUUAAAUUAGAAGGAAACGCUUGGAAAACGCCAAUUGCUGAGCAAUUGGUAUUGGGAUUGAGUCACUUAAUGGAAUAUUUACGAUCAGAAACAUAUCGCAUAUUAUACAACAGGCAUUUGGCAGCCAAUGAACCACCGCCACCUUUAGAUGUGGACAAAAGCAAAAAGGCAUCAAGAGCUCGUUGAAUAUUAAUAUUUAUUGCAUAUUAACAGUGCUUUACUUAAAAUGUGCCUUGCUUUAAAAUAUAAUUGAAGUGCUUUAAUAUUAUUAAUGACAACUCUAAACUUACGUAAUUGGAUUCCUAUAUAAUAUCCACAAUGAAAACUUAACUAAACUUAUAAAUUUUAUUUAUUAAUUUGUUGUAAGUAUGUAUACACUAAAUAGUUAAUU